AUGUGGAUAAUUGGACGGUCCGGUAAGGCUCUCCUAUGCUACUACAAUUGUUUCUACUACUUGCUAAUGACAAUUCACACAUCUUAUGAGCAUAUGUGGACACUAGCCCUCAUCCUCGCAAAAUGUAUUUUUCUUGACAAAGAAUGGGAUGAUGAGUUGGUCAUGAGAAUGAUCAAAGUUCUCACUCUCAUCUUCCGCUACGCAUUUCUAUCGGCGGCAAUUCCAAAGGUUCUUGAAGAUCUGGAUAACUGGUUCAAAAAAUUGACGCAUCUUGAUAUGUUGGCUCUCUUCAUUGCCUACUCCACACAAAAAAGACGAUUGGGCGAUCUGGUUGAAUUUUUCGGAAAGUUCCCGCAUUGGCAAGCAAACUACGCAUUCCGAGCAGCUACCGAAGGCAAUGUUGACAUGCACAUUGGCGCUUGCAUCUGCGUUCUCUACUUUCUGAUCGGUUGCUUCAUUUUCCUUCGCUACUCCAACGACUACUUGAACCACAGAUUAUCUUAUCUUGGCUUCAUUUUCCUCGGAUGCAACUGGCACGACACAUUCGUCUUCUAUCAACUCUUCUACAUUAAUGAACCGGAAACUGUCAUGGAGAUUGACAGAAUCCGGACUGUUAUGAGAAAACUCCGUGAUCGUAUCUAA